CUGAUGGUAGAUGGCCGCUCCACCCAGGACUAAGAACUGACACACACAAAAAAAAAAAACGUUUCCCCCUUCAUCUCACGCCGCCUCGCCGCAUCACUGCACGUCUCGGAACCGCUCAUGUGGGUGAGAGUCAGUUGUCACACAUACUUUCACAGCGUUUUACCAAGCUGACUUUCGCUAAACUCAGGCCAAAAGACUCUCACGGCAAGAGUUUUAAAACUCGACCGAGUCCAUCUGAAAGACACUGUGGCGAGGAGGCGCAGCGGGACAUGGACAUGUGAGACUCGCCGGUCAGCAGGAACAGACCAAGGCACCAUGAGGCGGCACUCGUUCAGGUGGACGCUCCACAGAGCUCUCCUGGGUCUCUGUGUGCUUCUCCAGAGCUCCAGCUCACUAACAGCAGAGACGACGUCCAGUACAAAUGUACCAAACUCCACAUUAAACGAUUCUGCAGGACAGACAUCUUCAGAAAUAUCAUCCACAAACAGUCCUGCAACAACUCAAGAGAAUUUAAAGCCAGGUGUCGUCCCCAAUCUCAUUGUCUCUGAUAGAAGCACUUCAUCGGUGUCUCUAACCUGGAAUUCACAACAAGGCAUUAAUUCCUCCUAUACAGUAGAGUGGCCUGGUGUAAACGGUUCUAACAAAGUUAACGUUUCAUACCCGUCUUACACAGUCACUAAUCUGACUGCUGGAGUGAACUACACGUUCAGUGUCACUGCAGUUGCUGCAGAUGGAGUAACAGCAGGAGCACCAACUCGGAUCUCAGCAUUCACAAAACCAGAUGUUGCCACCAAUCUCACCAUAUCUGACAGAAACACAACAUCUGUAUCUCUCACCUGGAAUUCACCACAAGGAAGCAGUUCCUCCUAUAUAGUUGAGUGGACUAAUGGCAACAUGUCUAUCAAUACCUCCAUCAUCAACACAUCUUACACAGUUACUAAUCUGACUGCUGGAGUGAACUACACAUUCAGUGUCACUGCAGUUGCUGCAGAUGGAGUAACUGCAGGAGCACCAACUCAGGUCUCAGCAUUCACAAAACCAGAUGUUGUCAACAGUCUCAACGUUUCUGGCAAAGACACAUCAUUUGUGACUCUAACAUGGAAUUCACCACAAGGAAAUAGUUCCUUCUUUAGUGUAGGGUGGAUUGAUGGCAAUGUUUCUAAACAAGUUAACACUUCAAGUAUGUCCUACACAGUCACUAAUCUGACUGCUGGAGUGAACUACACAUUCAGUGUCACUGCAGUUGCUGCAGAUGGAGUAACUGCAGGAGCACCAACUCGGAUCUCAGCAUUCACAAAGCCAGGUGUCAUCACCAAUCUCACUGUCUCUGAUAGAAGCACUUCAUCUGUGUCUUUAACCUGGAAUUCACAACAAGGCAUUAAUUCCUCCUAUACAGUAGAGUGGCCUGGUGUAAACGGUUCUAACAAAGUUAAGGUUUCAUACCCGCCUUACACAGUCACUAAUCUGACUGCUGGAGUGAACUACACGUUCAGUGUCACUGCAGUUGCUGCAGAUGGAGUAACUGCAGGAGCACCAACUCGGAUCUCAGCAUUCACAAAACCAGAUGUUGUCAACAGUCUCAACGUUUCUGGCAAAGACACAUCAUUUGUGACUCUAACAUGGAAUUCACCACAAGGAAAUAGUUCCUUCUUUAGUGUAGGGUGGAUUGAUGGCAAUGUUUCUAAACAAGUUAACACUUCAAGUAUGUCCUACACAGUCACUAAUCUGACUGCUGGAGUGAACUACACAUUCAGUGUCACUGCAGUUGCUGCAGAUGGAGUAACUGCAGGAGCAGCAGCUCAGGUCUCAGCAUUCACAAAGCCAGGUGUCAUCACCAAUCUCAUUGUCUCUGAUAGAAGCACUUCAUCGGUGUCUUUAACCUGGAAUUCACAACAAGGCAUUAAUUCCUCCUAUACAGUAGAGUGGCCUGGUGUAAACGGUUCUAACAAAGUUAACGUUUCAUACCCGUCUUACACAGUCACUAAUCUGACUGCUGGAGUGAACUACACGUUCAGUGUCACUGCAGUUGCUGCAGAUGGAGUAACUGCAGGAGCACCAACUCAGAUCUCAGCAUUCACAAAACCAGAUGUUGCCACCAAUCUCACCAUAUCUGACAGAAACACAACAUCCGUAUCUCUCACCUGGAAUUCACCACAAGGAAGCAGUUCCUCCUAUAUAGUUGAGUGGACUAAUGGCAACAUGUCUAUCAAUACCUCCAUCAUCAACACAUCUUACACAGUCACUAAUCUGACUGCUGGAGUGAACUACACAUUCAGUGUCACUGCAGUUGCUGCAGAUGGAGUAACUGCAGGAGCAGCAGCUCAGGUCUCAGCAUUCACAAAGCCAGGUGUCAUCACCAAUCUCACUGUCUCUGAUAGAAGCACUUCAUCGGUGUCUUUAACCUGGAAUUCACAACAAGGCAUUAAUUCCUCCUAUACAGUAGAGUGGCCUGGUGUAAACGGUUCUAACAAAGUUAAGGUUUCAUACCCGUCUUACACAGUCACUAAUCUGACUGCUGGAGUGAACUACACGUUCAGUGUCACUGCAGUUGCUGCAGAUGGAGUAACUGCAGGAGCACCAACUCGGAUCUCAGCAUUCACAAAACCAGAUGUUGUCAACAGUCUCAACGUUUCUGGCAAAGACACAUCAUUUGUGACUCUAACAUGGAAUUCACCACAAGGAAAUAGUUCCUUCUUUAGUGUAGGGUGGAUUGAUGGCAAUGUUUCUAAACAAGUUAACACUUCAAGUAUGUCCUACACAGUCACUAAUCUGACUGCUGGAGUGAACUACACAUUCAGUGUCACUGCAGUUGCUGCAGAUGGAGUAACUGCAGGAGCACCAACUCGGAUCUCAGCAUUCACAAAGCCAGGUGUCAUCACCAAUCUCAUUGUCUCUGAUAGAAGCACUUCAUCGGUGUCUUUAACCUGGAAUUCACAACAAGGCAUUAAUUCCUCCUAUACAGUAGAGUGGCCUGGUGUAAACGGUUCUAACAAAGUUAACGUUUCAUACCCGUCUUACACAGUCACUAAUCUGACUGCUGGAGUGAACUACACGUUCAGUGUCACUGCAGUUGCUGCAGAUGGAGUAACUGCAGGAGCACCAACUCAGAUCUCAGCAUUCACAAAACCAGACGUUGCCACCAAUCUCACCAUAUCUGACAGAAACACAACAUCCGUAUCUCUCACCUGGAAUUCACCACAAGGAAGCAGUUCCUCCUAUAUAGUUGAGUGGACUAAUGGCAACAUGUCUAUCAAUACCUCCAUCAUCAACACAUCUUACACAGUCACUAAUCUGACUGCUGGAGUGAACUACACAUUCAGUGUCACUGCAGUUGCUGCAGAUGGAGUAACUGCAGGAGCACCAACUCAGGUCUCAGCAUUCACAAAACCACACAUUGUUCAGAAUCUCACUGUCAUUGGUGUAACAACCUCUUCGGUAUUACUGAGCUGGAUUAAGCCAGUGGGGGAAAGUUCCUAUUACAGAGUCCAAUAUGACAGUUUGAAUAAGACUCUGAAUCAGACUACUCAAAAUACCAUGAUCAACAUCUCUGAUCUGACUCCUGGAGUACAGUAUAUGUUCAGAGUUUUUGCAGUAGCUGCAGAUAACAGCACUGAGGGGAGUUAUGGAUACAUUUCUACUUACACAAAACCAGAGGUUAUAAGGAAUCUGACUGUGACAGAAAUCACAACAACCUCAUUGUUUAUCAGUUGGACUGAACCAAUAGGACAGAGAUUUUUCUUUAGAGUACAGUGGACCAAAGACUAUGUAACUUCCAAUGCAACUAUCAGCCAAACUUUCUUUAAUAUCACUAAUCUAAUUGCUGGAGUAAAUUAUAAUCUAAGUGUAUCGGCUGUUGCUGGAGACAAUUCAACUGAAGGCAAAUCGUUUGGUCUUUUUUCAGUCUAUACAAAACCAGACACUGUUCAAAAUCUCAUUGUCGUUAAUGUAACAACCUCUUCGGUAUUACUGAGCUGGAUUAAGCCAGUGGGGGAAAGUUCUUAUUACAGAGUCCAAUAUGACAGUUUGGAUAAGACUCUGAAUCAGACUACUCAAAAUACCAUGAUCAACAUCUCUGAUCUGACUCCUGGAGUACAGUAUAUGUUCAGAGUUUUUGCAGUAUCUGCAGAUAACAGCACUGAGGGGAGUUAUGGAUACAUUUCUACUUACACAAAACCAGAGGUUAUAAGGAAUCUGACUGUGACAGAAAUCACAACAACCUCAUUGUUUAUCAGUUGGACUGAACCAAUAGGACAGAGAUUUUUCUUUAGAGUACAGUGGACCAAUGACAAUGUAACAUCCAAUGCAACUACCAGCCGAAAUUUCUUUAAUAUCACUGAUCUAAUGGCUGGAGUGAAUUACUACAUCAAAGUCUCUGCUGUAGCUGCAGAUAAUUCAUCUGAAGGGAAUUUAAUUAGGAUUUCAUCCUAUACAAAACCACAUAUUGUUCAGAAUCUCACUGUCAUUGGUGUAACAACCUCUUCGGUAUUACUGAGCUGGAUUAAGCCAGUGGGGGAAAGUUCUUAUUACAGAGUCCAAUAUGACAGUUUGAAUAAGACUCUGAAUCAGACUACUCAAAAUACCAUGAUCAACAUCUCUGAUCUGACUCCUGGAGUACAGUAUAUGUUCAGAGUUUUUGCAGUAGCUGCAGAUAACAGCACUGAGGGGAGUUAUGGAUACAUUUCUACUUACACAAAACCAGAGGUUAUAAGGAAUCUGACUGUGACAGAAAUCACAACAACCUCAUUGUUUAUCAGUUGGACUGAACCAAUAGGACAGAGAUUUUUCUUUAGAGUACAGUGGACCAAAGACUAUGUAACUUCCAAUGCAACUAUCAGCCAAACUUUCUUUAACAUCACUAAUCUAAUUGCUGGAGUAAAUUAUAAUCUAAGUGUAUCGGCUGUUGCUGGAGAUAAUUCAACUGAAGGCAAAUCGUUUGGUCUUUUUUCAGUCUAUACAAAACCAGACACUGUUCAAAAUCUCAUUGUCAUUAAUGUAACAACCUCUUCGGUAUUAUUGAGCUGGAUUAAGCCAGUGGGGGAAAGUUCCUAUUACAGAGUCCAAUAUGACAGUUUGAAUAAGACUCUGAAUCAGACUACUCAAAAUACCAUGAUCAACAUCUCUGAUCUGACUCCUGGAGUACAGUAUAUGUUCAGAGUUUUUGCAGUAGCUGCAGAUAACAGCACUGAGGGGACUUAUGGAUACAUUUCUACUUACACAAAACCAGAGGUUAUAAGGAAUCUGACUGUGUCAGAAAUCACAACAACCUCAUUGUUUAUCAGUUGGACUGAACCAAUAGGACAGAGAUUUUUCUUUAGAGUACAGUGGACCAAAGACUAUGUAACUUCCAAUGCAACUAUCAGCCAAACUUUCUUUAACAUCACUAAUCUAAUUGCUGGAGUAAAUUAUAAUCUAAGUGUAUCGGCUGUUGCUGGAGAUAAUUCAACUGAAGGCAAAUCGUUUGGUAUUUUUUCAAUCUAUACAAAACCAGACACUGUUCAAAAUCUCAUUGUCAUUAAUGUUACAACCUCUUCGGUAUUACUGAGCUGGAUUAAGCCAGUGGGGGAAAGUUCCUAUUACAGAGUCCAAUAUGACAGUUUGAAUAAGACUCUGAAUCAGACUACUCAAAAUACCAUGAUCAACAUCUCUGAUCUGACUCCUGGAGUACAGUAUAUGUUUAGAGUUUUUGCAGUAGCUGCAGAUAACAGCACUGAGGGGAGUUAUGGAUACAUUUCUACUUACACAAAACCAGAGGUUAUAAGGAAUCUGACUGUGACAGAAAUCACAACAACCUCAUUGUUUAUCAGUUGGACUGAACCAAUAGGACAGAGAUUUUUCUUUAAAGUACAGUGGACCAAUGACAAUGUAACAUCCAAUGCAACUACCAGCCGAAAUUUCUUUAAUAUCACUGAUCUAAUGGCUGGAGUGAAUUACUACAUCAUAGUCUCUGCUGUAGCUGCAGAUAAUUCAUCUGAAGGGAAUUUAAGUAGGAUUUCAUCCUAUACAAAACCACAUAUUGUUCAGAAUCUCACUGUCAUUGGUGUAACAACCUCUUCGGUAUUACUGAGCUGGAUUAAGCCAGUGGGGGAAAGUUCCUAUUACAGAGUCCAAUAUGACAGUUUGAAUAAGACUCUGAAUCAGACUACUCAAAAUACCAUGAUCAACAUCUCUGAUCUGACUCCUGGAGUACAGUACAUGUUCAGAGUUUUUGCAGUAUCUGCAGAUAACAGCACUGAGGGGAGUUAUGGAUACAUUUCUACUUACACAAAACCAGAGGUUAUAAGGAAUCUGACUGUGACAGAAAUCACAACAACCUCAUUGUUUAUCAGUUGGACUGAACCAAUAGGACAGAGAUUUUUCUUUAGAGUACAGUGGACCAAAGACUAUGUAACUUCCAAUGCAACUAUCAGCCAAACUUUCUUUAAUAUCACUAAUCUAAUUGCUGGAGUAAAUUAUAAUCUAAGUGUAUCGGCUGUUGCUGGAGACAAUUCAACUGAAGGCAAAUCGUUUGGUCUUUUUUCAGUCUAUACAAAACCAGACACUGUUCAAAAUCUCAUUGUCGUUAAUGUAACAACCUCUUCGGUAUUACUGAGCUGGAUUAAGCCAGUGGGGGAAAGUUCCUAUUACAGAGUCCAAUGUGACAGUUUGAAUAAGACUCUGAAUCAGACUACUCAAAAUACCAUGAUCAACAUCUCUGAUCUGACUCCUGGAGUGCAGUAUAUGUUCAGAGUUUUUGCAGUAGCUGCAGAUAACAGCACUGAGGGGAGUUAUGGAUACAUUUCUACUUACACAAAACCAGAGGUUAUAAUGAAUCUGACUGUGACAGAAAUCACAACAACCUCAUUGUUUAUCAAUUGGACUGAACCAGUAGGACAGAGAUCUUUCUUUAAAGUACAGUGGACCAAUGACAAUGUAACAUCCAAUGCAACUACCAGCCGAAAUUUCUUUAAUAUCACUGAUCUAAUGGCUGGAGUGAAUUACUACAUCAAAGUCUCUGCUGUAGCUGCAGAUAAUUCAUCUGAAGGGAAUUUAAUUAGGAUUUCAUCCUAUACAAAACCAGACACUGUUCAAAAUCUCACAGUCGUUAAUGUUACAACCUCUUCGGUAUUACUGAGCUGGAUUAAGCCAGUGGGGGCAAGUUCCUAUUACAGAGUCCAAUAUGACAGUUUGAAUAAGACUCUGAAUCAGACUACUCAAAAUCCCAUGAUCAACAUCUCUGAUCUGACUCCUGGAGUGCAGUAUAUGUUCAGAGUUUUUGCAGUAGCUGCAGAUAACAGCACUGAGGGGAGUUAUGGAUACAUUGCUACUUACACAAAACCAGAGGUUAUAAGGAAUCUGACUGUGACAGAAAUCACAACAACCUCAUUGUUUAUCAGUUGGACUGAACCAAUAGGACAGAGAUUUUUCUUUAGAGUACAGUGGACCAAAAACUAUGUAACUUCCAAUGCAACUAUCAGCCAAACUUUCUUUAACAUCACUAAUCUAAUUGCUGGAGUAAAUUAUAAUCUAAGUGUAUCGGCUGUUGCUGGAGACAAUUCAACUGAAGGCAAAUCGUUUGGUCUUUUUUCAGUCUAUACAAAACCAGACACUGUUCAAAAUCUCAUUGUCAUUAAUGUAACUACCUCUUCGGUAUUACUGAGCUGGAUUAAGCCAGUGGGGGAAAGUUCUUAUUACAGAGUCCAAUAUGACAGUUUGAAUAAGACUCUGAAUCAGACUACUCAAAAUACCAUGAUCAACAUCUCUGAUCUGACUCCUGGAGUACAGUAUAUGUUCAGAGUUUUUGCAGUAGCUGCAGAUAACAGCACAGAGGGGAGUUUUGGAUACAUUUCUAUUUACACAAAACCACACAUUGUUCAGAAUCUCACUGUCAUUGGUGUAACAACCUCUUCGGUAUUACUGAGCUGGAUUAAGCCAGUGGGGGAAAGUUCCUAUUACAGAGUCCAAUAUGACAGUUUGAAUAAGACUCUGAAUCAGACUACUCAAAAUACCAUGAUCAACAUCUCUGAUCUGACUCCUGGAGUACAGUAUAUGUUCAGAGUUUUUGCAGUAUCUGCAGAUAACAGCACUGAGGGGAGUUAUGGAUACAUUUCUACUUACACAAAACCAGAGGUUAUAAGGAAUCAGACUGUGACAGAAAUCACAACAACCUCAUUGUUUAUCAAUUGGACUGAACCAGUAGGACAGAGAUCUUUCUUUAAAGUACAGUGGACCAAUGACAAUGUAACAUCCAAUGCAGCUACCAGACAAAAUUUCUUUAAUAUCACUGAUCUAAUGGCUGGAGUGAAUUACUACAUCAUAGUCUCUGCUGUAGCUGCAGAUAAUUCAUCUGAAGGAAAUCUAAGUAGGAUUUCAUCCUAUACAAAACCACACAUUGUUCAGAACCUCACUGUCACUGGUGUAACAACCUCUUCGGUAUUACUGAGCUGGAUUAAGCCAGUGGGGGAAAGUUCCUAUUACAGAGUCCAAUGUGACAGUUUGAAUAAGACUCUGAAUCAGACUACUCAAAAUACCAUGAUCAACAUCUCUGAUCUGACUCCUGGAGUGCAGUAUAUGUUCAGAGUUUUUGCAGUAGCUGCAGAUAACAGCACUGAGGGGAGUUAUGGAUACAUUGCUACUUACACAAAACCAGAAGUUAUAAGGAAUCUGACUGUGACAGAAAUCACAACAACCUCAUUGUUAAUCAGUUGGACUGAACCAAUAGGACAGAGAUCUUUCUUUAAAGUACAGUGGACCAAUUACAAUGUAACUUCCAAUACAACCACCAGUCAAACUUUCUUUAACAUCACUAAUCUUAUUCCUGGAGGAUAUUACUACAUCAGAGUAUCUGCUGUAGCAGCAGAUAAUAAAACUGAAGGUGAAGUGAUCACUUGUUCACCAUACACAAUACCAGAAAUCAUCAGAAAUCUCACUGCCUUCCAAAUUUCCACAACAAAUGUAUCUCUGAACUGGACUGCACCAACAGGAAAGAGUGCAUUCUUUAGAGUGCUAUGGCAGUAUGGCAGUGUAAUCUUCAAUAAAACAACUAAAUUAACAUCCUCUGACAUCACCGAUCUUACUCCUGGAGUCAGUUACACAUUUAAAGUCUCUGCUAUUGCUGAUGAUAAUUUUACGGAAGGAGGCAUAGCUAGCCUUUCCACGUGUACAGAUGCAAGCCCGGUUUUUACCUACAAGUGUGAAGGACCAAAUCGUACAGAUGCUUUGCUGAACAUAAAAUGGAAGAAACCCAACGGCUCCAACCAGGGAUUCAACCUUAGCAGUGGCACCUAUAUCAGCAAAACAAUAACCUGCGAUCUUGAAUGUAAUCACACCAUCUCUAAUCUUCAAUAUGGCAUCCCUUACAAUGUGACUAUUACAACUGUUGGAUGUGGUCAGAGUGGCACACUGAGUUUUGUUUGCACAACAGGAUUCACAGAUCCACCAGUUCGAACCAACCCGGCAGACUUGGGGAUAAAGCUGAGUUCAGAUCAGAAAGGAACAUUUGUUCAGUUCGGUGACAGUCUUCUGAAUAGCACAAAUGGAGACAUUACAGCCUAUGGUGUUCUACUGUCAACUAAUUUCAAUAGUAACUCCAGCGCCGCAGACCUGAAAUAUACCUAUGACGAUUGGAAACAAAAGACGAGCCAGACCUAUCUCACAGUUUUGAAACUCAAUGCAAAAAGAGUUACCAGGAGUGAAACGAUUCAGAUUGAGAUCGGAACUAAUGAAUUUGCCAAUGGAACGAAUUACAAAAAUGCACCUCUGGUGCCUAAUCAGUACAGGGUGGCAGUUGUUGUCUUCACGUACUUGUACAUCAGCGACGGGAUUGUAGACACCUCCCUGUCUUUUUUCAGCAUAACACCAUUUGCCCCUGACACCAUAAAUAUAUAUAACCCUUUGAACACAGUUGGCAUUGUUUUGGGGGUUCUGUUCUUCAUCAUCAUCAUCCUUAUCAUCGUCAUCAUUGUCUUCAUCAAACUGAAGAGACAAAGAAAGAAGAAUGAUACAGACAUUCCUAUCCCCACCGUAAGAACUAAAAUUAGCAUUCCUGUGAAAGUACUGGAUUACGAGGGUUAUUUCAAGAAGCAGCAAGCGGAUUCCAAUUGUGGUUUUGCUGAAGAGUACGAGGACCUGAAAGUAGUGGGAACUGCUCAGAGCAAGGUUAAUGCUCUUGCUUUGGAAAACAAGGGGAAGAAUCGCUACAACAAUGUGCUACCUUAUGAUUCCUCAAGAGUCAAAUUAUCAACACAUGGCAGCCCCUUUGAUGACUACAUCAAUGCAAACUACAUUGCAGGUUACAACUCAAAGAAGGAGUACAUAGCAGCUCAGGGCCCGCUGCCUGCUACUGUCAAUGAGUUCUGGAGGAUGAUCUGGGAAAAGCAUGUCCAAACCAUAGUGAUGCUGACCAAAUGCAACGAGCAAGGACGUGUUAAAUGUGAGAAAUACUGGCCAUCUGAAACCAAGAUGUACAGUAAUAUUACAGUGACAAACAUGUCAGAGAUUACCCUGGAGGACUGGACCAUAUCAGACUUCACCAUCAGGAAUGUGAAGACAGCGGAGUCUCGCGAAGUCCGUCAUUUUCACUUCACGGCCUGGCCUGAUCACGGUGUGCCAGAGACAACAGAGGUGCUCAUUAACUUCAGGCACCUGGUGAGAGAGCACAUGGACCAGUAUUCUCGCCAUUCUCCUACUGUGGUGCACUGCAGCGCUGGCGUGGGCAGGACUGGGACUUUUAUUGCUCUUGAUCACCUAAUCUUCCAGAUUGAGAGGGAAAGCAUGGUGGACAUUUUCGGAAUUGUCUAUGACAUGCGCAUGCACAGACCACUAAUGGUGCAGACAGAGGACCAAUAUGUCUUCCUGAACCAUAGUGCUGUAGACAUCAUCAAAUCAAGGAUGGGAACCAAUGUGGACCUAAUUUACCAAAAUGCAGCAGCAUUCAGUGUCUAUGGGAAUGUGGACCGGCAAUGGCAAUAGGCGAAGUUGGACUCAAGGUGACAUUCACCUUAGGAUCAAAUCUUGAGAGAAAUAUAGAUUUUAGUAAAAGCUUGACGAGCCAUUUCAUUACUUAGCAGAAUGUCACUCACAUAAAGAAAUAUAUUUAUAUUUCAUAUAAAUGGUAUAUUGUAAGGGCCUAUCUUACAAAUUUAUAUUUUCAGCAGAAAAUGUGCUUCUGAUAUGCUUUUGACAUAUGAUAGGCAUCAUCUCAGACUAUAAAACAAUGAUGAGGAGCAUUAUGAAGCUGAACUUUCCUUUAAAGACAAUACCGCCUAUAAAAUAUAUGAAAAGAGAAAAACAUUUAUACAGUUAAUUCACCUGCAUUAAAACCUGCAUAUAUCUAUAAUUAGAAAUGUAAUGUUUAGAACUUUUUUAUUUCAAUGCUGGAACAUGUUUUAAAUUACAUGUAUGUGUAAAAAUAUUGUACAUUUAAAAGUUUUAUUUUUUAUUAUUUUUUCUCAAAAAUUUAACUUUUUAAACACACUGUACAUUAUAGUAAGAAUCUUAAAUUAGAAAAUGUAUGUGAUGCAUUCUUGUUGCUUUUGCUACUUGAUCCCCAUAACAUUGCAGGUAAAUCUGUGUUCUGUUGCAGGAGAUAAAGAGUAAACCAUGCCUUCUUUGUUAUUAUAAAUGUGAAGUGAGACAGAGAACAGCAGUUAUGGAAGUAAGGAUCUGCAGAUCAUUUAAUCUGACAGAAUUUCAGAUGGGUGCUGUAUGUUCUAUGAAUAAGACUCAGGACAGUCAAGGUUUUUUUGCUAGCUUUCUGGUGAGACAGACUGAAGUUCUAAUUUCUACAUUAAAGAUGCAGGUGGUUCAUCUGUCCUAUGAGAAAUCGGAUGUAGCACUUAACAGCCAAGAGGUCAUGAUGUAGGUGGGAAAGGUGGCAUUCAGAGGGAGGCAUAUUACACAAUGUAUUUGCACAACUAUGUAAUCUGAGAGUGAGUUUAUGAAGGUAAAAGGGAAGUCCACCAGUUCUUAAAAAACAAAGUCAGUUCUAUAUGAAAUGUGCCCUUCUAGAAAUACCUACAGUCAGAAUUAUUCACAACAAUGUUGAUGGUAACAAGACAUCCAAAGCAUUUAAUGCCUCUAAUAUCUACCUCAAAGAAAACUAUUACAUAAAAUGGUUAAGCGUAUAGUGCCUGAUGUCUGAGAUAUCACUUUAAAAUAGUUUUGAGAUUAGUGCUUGGCCUAACAUCUAUUCAUUCCCAACAAGUUACAUGCAGGUUGGUUUAAGGCAAAAUAGUAUCUAAAACAUUACAGAUUUACAUCUACUUUGUCAUUAUCAACAUUACAUAUAAAACCACAAAGAUGACACUUGCAGCUUCACUGGUCAUUUCGGAUAGUAAAUAAAUGUCUAUAUUUGAGUUGUAUGCAUCACAACUUUGGUUCCUAUCAGCACCUUUCAUUAAUACAACUUUUCAAACAUGAAUGACUUUUCAAACCAUCAUGUGUAUCUGGAAUCAGUCCCAGAAUUCCUGUUAAACCAUUAGAUCCUUUACUCACCACCAGAAACCAGUAGGCACUUUUAAGGGUUUCCAUGAUUUUUUACAUCUCAACAACUGAAUUAUUCAGAAAUUGGGAAUAAAGGUGGAAUUCCAUAGACACUGAAAUAUAUGAAGCACAAUAUAAGUAAUGUAAGUAAUAAUAUAAGUCACAGCACAAAGAUUAUGAAUUGGUAAGUAGCACUUCCCAUGCUUUGGGAAGAUCUGUGUAGGUUCAUGACACAUACUGUAGAUUUGUAUAGUUUUUUUUUUAACUGUCAUUUAAAUGUACGUUUUGUUCUGUCACAGAUGAGUUUAUCUUGCAUAUGGGCACAGAAACAAAAUGCCACCUAGAAUGUCUUCUGGACCUCACAUGCAUUUUAGCUUUACAAACACUGGGUGGCGCCAUUCUUUCCUGGGUUGAUUGAGCUAAACUAAUUAAUUUAUUUUGCUGUAGCAUUUCAAGAGGUUUAGCCUCAAACUGUAGUGAUGUGCAAAGUAGAGUAAAUCAGGAUCUAAGUGCAUAUUAAAGGUUGUUCUUUCUCUGUUAAAGUAGGAUCAAAUGUCCAGUUAAACAGGAAUUGUAAUAAAAGGUACUGGAAGUAAAUAAGGCACUAGGUAUGUAUAUUUUAUAAGAUAUGCUUAUGCAAUUUUUAUGCCAAUGCAUAUUUUUUUCCUAAAGUACUGCUAACAAGCCCACAUUGGUUGCCUAUCAUGUUAAUGCUGUCUGUACUGUUACGUGAUUUGGACAGGCUUGUGCAAUAUUUUGAUAUUAAAUGAACAUAUAAACCACUAAAUGAAGUUCUGUUAAGAUAAAUAUUUAUACCCGUUAUGUAUGUUGAACUGCCCUGCGAUAAACUGGUGACCUGUCCAGGGUGUAUCCUGUCUUCCGCCCAAUGACUGCUGGGAAAGGCUCCAGUACCCCCCACGACCCUGAGGGAGAAGCAGCUUGGAAAAUGUGUGUGUGUCUGUAUGUUGCACUUGAACUGUUCAUUUAUUGUUUUCUACUGGAUUUACUGUUUUAUCGAACUGUUGAAGUUCGAAUGGCUUCAUUCCAAAAUGCUGUAUAUACAAUUUUAAAUAUAUAGGGAACUUUUGAAACAAAUAACAGCUGAUGUUAAUAGAAAAUACACAUUAAAGAUGGUAUAACAAUGAUAUUUCUUGUAUAUGUAAAGCCAAUUUCAAGUAAUGUAUAUAAUGAAAAAAUGGUCUUUAAUUAAUGUGUUUUGCAAUGAAACCCUUCAUAUACUUUCCCCCACAGCAAUAUGAAGAGAGUGGAAUUUGGAGCAAUAUGUAUUUUUAUUGACAUAGCACAUAACAAGCUUGUAUAAUGAUUAUUUUUGUGUUAUUAAUAUUACUAUUAUUUCAUUUGUCUAAACCUUCUUUACUUUAUCUUGAAAAUAAUUGUAAUGGUAAUAAAUGAUGUGAGAUCUGCAGGAAUAGGAAACAGUAAACAAAGCUCUUUUGUCAAGGCUGCCUGUUAAUAUUUGUAAUGAAAACUGGCAAUAAAUUUGAGUGUAUUUUGCUCUAUCAAUCA